CCGUCGGGUUCCCCUUUUCUUGCAGCCUAGAGAGCGGCUGCCCGGCACCAACGAGCCCCCACGUUGUCUGCGGCUCCUCCUCCUCGUCCUCGUCCCCUCCGUCCUCCUCCUGCUCCUCGCCGCCGCCAUGCCCGGAGGUCUGCUGCUCGGAGACGAGGCCCCCAACUUCGAGGCGGACACCACGAUCGGUCGCAUCCGCUUCCACGAUUUCCUCGGAGACUCAUGGGGCAUUCUCUUCUCCCACCCUCGGGACUUUACCCCAGUGUGCACAACAGAGCUGGGCCGUGCUGCCAAGCUGGCCCCGGAAUUCGCCAAGCGGAAUGUUAAGAUGAUUGCCCUUUCCAUUGACUCUGUCCAAGACCAUCUUGCCUGGAGUAAGGAUAUUAAUGCAUACAAUGGAGAUGAGCCCACAGAGAAGCUGCCUUUCCCCAUCAUUGAUGAUCACAACCGAGACCUCGCCGUCAAGUUGGGCAUGUUAGACCCAGAUGAACGAGAUGGGCAGGGCAUGCCUUUGACAGCUCGUGUGGUAUUUAUUUUCGGCCCAGAUAAGAAGUUGAAGCUUUCUAUCCUCUACCCAGCAACAACUGGCAGGAACUUUGAUGAGAUCCUCAGAGUGGUUGAUUCCCUUCAGUUGACAGCAUACAAGAAGGUUGCUACUCCUGUCGACUGGAAAUGUGGAGAUAGUGUCAUGGUUAUUCCAACUCUCUCUGAAGAGGAGGCCAAAAAACUCUUUACUAAAGGCGUCUUCACCAAAGAGCUCCCUUCAGGCAAGAAAUACCUACGGUACACCCCUCAGCCAUAGGCUACUCCAGCAAGACCCUGCUGGGGUCUAGCUGGGGCUCCCUUGAAGAUCUCUACCAGAAGAUAGCAGCCUGCCAAUCAUGUCUUCCUACAGUAAUUGAUUUAAAUAUCUUUCGGUGAUGAAAGUCAGGAGUCUUUGGGAUGGUCUACUAAUGGCUUGUUAAAUUAAAAUGGCACUAAAAGUCACCCGUGAUUCCUCUACUCGUGCCUUUACCAGCAUAUCACUUGGGUCAUUGAACUCUCUUGGGCGCUCUGCUGGCUAUCUCUGGGAUGGCACUGUUUGGGCCUACAAUGCUUGUGAGAUUCAUUGCAAUCUCUAUCAUCAGCCACCUAGCGCUGUUUGGCAUUUGGGAAAGGGGCUUCUUAGGAGCACUCACUGCAGGAGUACGAAGGACCUCUUUAACCAGCCUAAUAGACAGAUCAUCCCUUUUUCUAAUUAUCCACUCAAGGAUGGAUACAGUUUAACACGUCUAGUUUUGAGCUUCACCUCCCUACAUUUAUGAUCAACAACUUGUAAUAAUUCAGGUGUUUCAGAUAGGGGUGUGUUUUUUCAAAUGUUGAGUGUUCUAACCACGGUUAGGAAAAACUUGGAGAUUCUUAUUUUUCUAGCAGGUAACAAGGAAGCAGAAUACAACCUUAAAUAUUUUGUUAGAUUGGGCAAAAGAGCUUUCUAAUUCUGUUACAGUCUGUGGUUGAGGCAGCACAAUGCCUACUACUGACAUAUAGAAUGGUGGAGGGCCACAAUUAUAGGUGCCUUUUUAAAACAAGUCAUGGAUCUGGACAUGGAAAACAGCUCUUCAGUGUUCAUAAGAAGAUGAAAGCAGGGGAUAAAGAUACUAAUUCUUUAUUACAAAAUGUUGUCUCUGCAGUUUUUUUAUUUUUUUGCCUUUGGGGGAGUCACCAAUAAAAGCUUUUUGAAACUA